CCAUGAUGAACUGAUAGUGCUGAAGAUAGUCUAACGGUGGAUAUACUAAUUGGACUUGUUUGCCGCAGACGCUGCUCAUUAUCAGGCAGUACCAAUGUUAUCCCGAGCUCUCCGUUGUCUACUUCUGGUAGCAUUCUGCCUUGGAAUAGUCCAAGGUAAAUGGGAUUGCUAUAAUGCAGCUGCGGAGGUGAAGUCUUAUAAAGGGAACGGAUCUACCGCCUGUAUACCAGACUUUGGACCAUGUUACUCCUGUAUGAACUGGAGUGAUGUUUCGGAUUCUCUUUUCUCUGAUUUCUGGCAGAUGACCACCGAUGAUAUUGCUGCAUUGGAUCUCGAGGAGAAUUUUUGUCGUUUCUUGAGGCCAGACGCAACGACUCCACAAUGUGUUAUUAACCAAGAAGAACACAAUGUGACGUACUUCAUCAACUGUAACAUCCCGCCUUGUGAUGCUCAUGCUGGCUGCAUGGUCGGUAAUGGGAGUGAGUAUCGAGACAUGGCUAUGUUCACAGAGACUGGUCAUCGAUGUCUACCGUGGCAGGAUAUGAAUGAACAACCAGUCAACCCAUCCACUCACCCGAACGAUGGACUUUCUCAGAACUUUUGUCGAAACCCUGACUCUCAGGAGAGGCCAUGGUGUUACUUCUAUGAUGAGAGCUCGAUAUCAUGGGACUACUGUCCUAUACCACAAUGUCAAGAUAAUUCUUUAGCUAACUUCACUCGUACUAUGAGUACGACCAUUAAUUACCGACUGUGGCCAUACAACGAGUACAAAGGAAGUGAUAUCGUCACCGUGGAGAAGUGCGCCCGCCUGUGUCUCGAGGAGACGUCUUUCAAAUGCCGUUCGUUUAUAUUCAACGAGUUCUUGAAAUACAUCAGCAUUGUAGUGACGGACGCGCAUGAUGCGAGCUCAUUAUGUAUAUGGACCAAUGUGACGGUCUAUCAUUUGGAUAACUAUAAAGAACCCAUUGUGGAUCAACAGUUUGAUCUCUUCACGAGGACGGAAGCAAUAUGUGAUGCUUUCGAGCCAACCUCGUUCCCAGACCUGUGUUCGUUGCCUCUGGGCAUGGCCUUCGGUGAGAUCAGCGAUGCUCAGAUACGAGCCUCAUCCUACCUUGAUGACGAUCAUAUGCCUCACUUUGCUCGCAUCGGGAAUCAUUCAUCAUGGAUGCCCGCCCUCAAUGAUCAGCAGCCGUUCAUCGACGUCAUCUUCCCUUCCAGGAUGAUCUUCACAGGUCUCAUCGUCCAGGGCGAAGGCGUCGACGACGGCGCGUUCGUCGAGAACUUCUACGUACUAUAUCGGAAUGAUGACAGCGUGCAAAGCGCGUGGUGGUUCAUUAUGGAUUUUAGCCUUGGUCUUGAAAUCACUGAUGUACUAUUUCGAGCGAAUGGAGAGCCUCACUGUGAGCAUCCGGUGUACUUCGAUCCACCGAUCCGUGCCGCUCAGCUCCGCGUCAUGCCUUAUGAGAAACAUAAAAACAUCUCACUCAGACUCGAGGUCCUUGGAUGUCGAGACGAUGAUUGUGAUUUUACACUCGGCAUGCAAAAUGGGCAAAUACACGACAGUCAAAUCGAAGCGUCAUCGAGUUUGAAUGACGCCCUCAACGCCCCAGCCAUGUCCAGACUACGUCCAUACGGUCAGCAGAGAGACGGUAGUGGAUGGAUGCCUACGUCUGUCCAUACGCCUGGUGGUCGCAUCUCCGACUAUGACGCGUCUUCUCUACCAGAGGUCAAAGAAUGGAUUCAGGUUGACUUGAAAAGGAAAUAUUUGAUCAAGGAAGUCCUGACCCAGGGUUGCGGAAAGCGAUGGGUUACAGCUUACAGCCUGCGCUACUCAGAACAUGCUGAGGGGGAGGGACAUCAGCUCAGACCAUACAUGGUUGGUAAUGAAACUAAGAUCUUUUUAGCAAACAAUGAUAACAACACGGUGGUUCGUAAUAGCUUGGAGAAGCCCACAGUGGCCCAAGUCAUUCAACUUGUCGUUCUGUAUAGCCACAUCGGAGUGUGUCUUCGGUUUGAACUUAUUGGAUGUAAAGACAGACGAUGUGGAAGUCGACUUGGUAUGGAAUCUCGGUUCAUCAAUGACUGGCAGAUCAACUCCGAGGUUCAUGAAUGGUUUGGCCCCCAUACAUCAGGGAGGCUUCAUUUCCCUGAUGAAUGCUGGAUACCAAGUAGCUGGGGAGAUCAUCAUUGGAUUGAGGUGAAUCUGUUAGGGUACCAUACCAUCACCGGUGUAAUCACUCAGGGUGGCUAUGACUCGUGGACGAACAACUACCUGUGGGGCGAGUACUAUCGGCUACUCUACCGGAGCAAGUACCACAGCGACCCUACCUCGCCCACCUCUGAUCUGAACAUGCAAUGGAGACUCUAUACAGACAGAUUUGGAGAUGGAGUGGAUUUCCCUAUGUACCCCGAUCCUCAUACCGAGAUGCGUCACGAUCUUGAGAGGCCUUUCAUCACCACAGCUGUGCGUCUAAAUCCACGAUCUUCCAGAGGACAGUUCUGCAUGAGGUUCGAACUCAUAGGCUGCAAACUAGUUGAUUACGGUCAGAUCUGUCCCGAGACAGGCGACGAGCAUGAAGGAUUCUGCAUGUAUACAGUCAACAAUCAAAAAGAAGAUUCUUGUGAUAAGAUCUUCAUGGAGGAUAGUUAUCCUAUCUCCAUCUCAUCUCCAGGAACACAGAACUAUCUUGAUGACCGCAAAAAAAAAUUUGAGCUGCCAUACAGAUAUCAAUACGUGAUUGGACUGCGCAUGCUCCAAUCUCAGGGUCAGCACGCUUUUACAUGGCGUGACGGUACUCCGAUAACGUACGAUAAUUUCCGAUGGACUCCUGAUCAGGUGGACAACAACUCGACCGUUGAUUGGUGCGUUUCAUUUGACAUGGAUGACGACAUGAGGUGGCGCGCUUACAAAUGUCGUGAUGAUGUUAUCUCGAGGGCUACUGUUUGUCAAAUAGACAUGGAUGAAUGUUUGACAAGAGACAACGGUUGUUCACAUGAAUGUAGGAACGAAGAGGGCAGCUUCCAUUGUAAUUGUCCUACAGGUUACUAUCUCGAUGGCCUCAAUGGAACUACGUGUUUAUCUGUGUGCCAGAGCAAAUUCAGCUCCUUGUCCAAGGUGAACUUAACACAGAACGGAACAACAUGUGAGUUCCAUGCAGACUUUGAUGAAUCACCGUUUGGUAACACGACCUCAGCUCUAGAGUGUAGACCACGUGAUUCACUCAUGACGUCAGGGAGUGAGUGGUCGGGGCGUGCAGCGACGUCGACAUCAACAAGGAAUAAACGUAGUUCAGAGAAUCAUCGACGUCGUUGGAUAUCCUGGUCUCCACCGGUAACAUCACCCGACCCGACACCUAUGGUCGUCGUGGAAGAAGACGGCUCAGCUAUCUGCUCUACUGAGUUUGCAUCACUAUCUUGCGAGGAAUUAUGGGAGUCACGUCAGUCUGACAUCGAAACUACAUUGACCUUUGGCCUGAUCGAGUCCAUCAGUUUUCCCCCAUGGUACAACACUGGUCAGUGGUGCCAGAUGAGGAUACAUGUACCGGAAGGACAAAUUAUCAGGUUUACCUUCCAUGAGAUGAUCCUCAGACGUUCCAGCCAGUCUGCCGCCCUCUGUAUGGAUAACCUGAACAUCACUGACCGCAUCCCUAACCGAGGUUAUCUGCUGCGUGGGUCGUACUGCGGUCAUUUCCACGACUUGAAGGUCAAAACAAGGUCAAAUGACGUCACACUACGAUUGGAGAUGGGUCCUCUGGAAUCAGGCAUGCCCAAGAAGCUGGGUUUCAUUGCAACAUAUGACACACUGGAUUGUUCACGCUCCUACGAGGAAUGUGACCCGGGAUGCGGUAUCCAGGAACCCUUCACAUCAGCGACAGGAAACUUCUCUCUGGAGAACUUUGGUGAUUCUAACGCGGCCCCAUUCUCUGUCUGUACCUGGACGAUCACACUCCCCGAAGGUCAUUUCAUCUUCUUCAACUUCACCGAGUUCGAUGUCAAGCGCGACGUCGAGUCCGGAGCUUGCGUCGACUCGGUUGAGAUCUUUCCUACUGAGCAUCGCUGGGAUGAAGGACGAUCGCGCCAUGUGUUCUGUGGUCAGGGCGCCGCCUACGUUAUGACCAACGUCUCAUCUGUGACAGUGAUUUUCCAGACUGGUUUGGACACCGGGUCCAGCGGAUUUCAAGUGGUUUACGCAUCAAAAGCUGUACCUGGUUGCAAUGUUGGAAACUACGGCACCACCAAGAGUGAAAUCGCAUGCAACCUAGACCACGCAGCCAUAGCAUCUACUAACUAUCCAUUACCAUACCUUGUGAAUGCACGUCCAAGAUGGCGGAUUACUAGCAGGCAUGGGACCUUCAUCCAACUUCGCUUCCACGACUUUGAUAUCGAUUCGCCAGGCUCAAGAUGCGAAGGAGAUACGCUGAGUAUCUACGACGGUGCUACCGACAUGACGAAAUUGAUUGAUACAUACUGCAACAACCAUCCUCCUCCUGAAGUUGUAGAGGCAAGUUUCAACACCAUGUUGCUGCAACUCAGAUCGGAUGGGAGUGGUAGCGGGAGGGGUUUCUAUGCCGUCUACACCGGCUUGACAUUUCAGGAGACCCUGAAGAACAGUCCGGUAUCACCCACCGCAACACCAGGUGAAGGAGGAGAGCUGGGUCACCCUGAGCCAUCCGCUGCGUCAUGCCCCGAUGGAUGGGAGAUGUACUCUGGUAGUUGUUACGCGUUCCGUCAGACACAGACUGGAGUAAGAUGGACUGAUGCACAUCGCAUGUGUCAGGAGGAAGGAGCGCAUCUUGUUAGUAUUGGUAACAUCGAGGAGAUGCAAUUCGUACACGUCCUGCUGACAUCCAAGUGGUUUGCAGAGGGUCUCAGGACUUUCAUAGGUUUGAUAUAUCAACGUGAUAAACACAUCCACAGAUGGGUAGAUGACACCCCUCUUAGCUAUGCUGAUUGGUACAUCCCUGACAGGAACAGUGACUGGGGCCUGAGACAACCUAACGGUGGAGACCUGGAAGAGUGCGCCCUCAUUGACCUGUUCAACCUUCACUCGAUGAGUCAGUGGCAUGAUAUACCUUGUGCGUCUAAGAGCGCUAUGCAGAUGGUGUGUGAAAAACCUGUUCGGACUGCUUCAGAUGUUGCCAUGGUGUCCCGAAGACGUCUCGGACCUUACAUUUCAAAGGAGUGUAAAUCAAACGCAGAUCUGAUUGGCUCAUCGUGCGUGAGACUCCACCUACUUCAACGCAACAGCCGCACCCCUAACGUGACGUCAAUUGAAUGUCCUGAAGGCUCCACCUUCUUGAGCAACAUCGGCCAAUCAAAAGUCAGGCAGCUGAUAUUCUACGCGGAACACGUGUGGCCCUCGGCGAAUGACGUCACUUCUAUCUUACUGUCGAGGCUGCAGUCCUCCUUAUGUCAGAUUUUAGAGAGAAGUGAAACAAACGUCUUCGAGAUGAAAUGGGCCGAUUGUUCCGAUGAGCUGGAAGCCUUGAUCUGUUCAACUUCACCUAUAGAACCAUCUGAUAGUUGCCCUAAUCAGCUGUUUCGUUGUGGAUCGGGAGAGUGUAUUCAUAACGUAUACGUAUGUGACAAGCAACACGAUUGCAGUGACGGAAGCGAUGAAGAUACGCUCUUAUGUUUGCCUGUAACCCAAAUGACAACCUCGUCCCCGAUCACUGUCAAUGAAGAGGAGGAGAUAACCUCAUCACCAUGCAGAACGAAUUUCUUCCAAUGUGGUUCAGGAGAAUGCAUCCCAGUAUCUUUCUUUUGUGAUUUCAUCAAGCAUUGUCAGGACGGGGCUGAUGAAGAAAAGUGCAAUUAUCCACGGUGUUCAGACGACUCGUUUACCUGUGCUAACGGUCAAUGCAUACCAAACAGCCAGAGAUGUGAUCUUCUACCACAAUGUAUUGACGGCUCAGACGAAGAGACUUGCGAAUCUUCAUCAGUGGGUUUUCAAUGCUACGAUAGUACUUGGUUUCCUCUACGAAUCUUGUGCGAUGGAGUCAAAGAUUGUCCAGGAAACAGCUGGGAAGACGAGCCUAACUAUUGCCGCUUUAACUUGUCGAGUUUCGAGUGCACAAGUGAGUUCCAGAUCCAAUGUCACAACGGCGCAUGCGCAGAUCGGAAGACCACUUGUCUCUACGACUUUGAUGAAUACGGACUACAGAUUGGCUGUCGUGACGUCACUCAUCUUAGACACUGCGAGGAUUUCCAGUGCAGCUCAUCCACGUUCAAGUGUCCGCAUUCUUACUGUAUACCACUGAGGCGCCGCUGUGAUGGGUCACGUGAUUGCCCGAUAGGAGAGGACGAGAUUGGCUGCGAUAACUACACCUGUCCGUCAGGAAGUUACCGUUGUCAUGGUGACAGCUUUUGUUUGAACCAGUCUCAAGUCUGUGACGGGAUCAAGCAAUGUCCAGAUGGAGAUGAUGAGUUCUUCUGCGGAAAACCAUGUCCAAGUGGCUGUCAAUGUACCGGUCUUGCAUACUCCUGUUCGGAGAACACUGAAUGGACGUUCGAAUCGGCGAGAGCUAUUCCAGUAAAUACGAGGACUUUGAAUCUAAGCGGUGUAGCUUUGAGUGAGAGGAGAAAAAGAAGAUCCAUUCCAGACAAUCUGACGCUGGACGAGGCUCUUCAUAUUGAUUUUAGGGAGUUCAAACUACUCGCUGAACUAGAUGUAUCGAAUAAUGAAAUUGAAGUGAUCAACCCUGGGUCGUUUUCUUCUUUGAUAAAUCUUUACAAACUGAUCCUGGCGAGGAACAGAAUCAGAUACCUCCAUAAUCGCACAUUUGACGGACUUUCACGACUUAUUCAUUUAGACCUGAGUGGCAACCCUCUGGCUUUUAUUGAACCUGGGACCUUCUUUAAUCUGGACACCAUACCUAUACUAAAUCUCUCGGCUCUUGAAAUUGGAACACUUCAACGUCGCUCAUUCGAAGGUCUAACAAAUUUACGACACAUAUCGCUGCAGAAUAACCCUCUCAGUCGAAUAGAAACAGGAGCUUUUCUUCUACUUAAUACAACAGAGUCAAUUGACAUCAGAGGAUGUGAGGUCGAUUCAUUUCAUCGGGAUGUCUUCCAGGGUCUUGGAGGAUUGAAAACACUAUACACAGACGAGUAUGUCUUCUGUUGUUUAGUCUCAUCCAGCACGAGCUGCGUAGCUCCGGUCGAUCAGUUCUCCAACUGCCAAGACUUGAUGAGAAACAAGUUCCUUCGAGUGGCCAUCUGGUUACUUGGACUCAGCGCCUUGGUCGGUAACGCUUUCGUCAUGACUUGGCGGUGGAGGACGAGGCAUAAGGAACCGACGAAGAGAGUUCAGACAUUCCUCAUCCUUAACCUCGCCUUCAGCGACCUUCUCAUGGGGUUGUAUAUGAUCAUCAUCGGCAGCGCUGAUAUGUAUUACAGAGAGGAGUACAUGAUUCACAAAGAGAAGUGGCAAUCAAGUUCUAUGUGUCAGCUAGCUGGCUUUCUUUCUGUACUCAGCUCAGAAGCCUCCGUCUUCCUCGUUACUCUCAUUUCCAUGGAUCGAUUCCUGGGCGUCGUCUUCCCCUUCAGUCGUUUCCGAUUCCACACCAAGUCCGUGCGAAUCAACGUCCUCAUCGCCUGGUUACUCGCCUUCAUCCUCAGUCUCCUACCCAUCUGCCUCCGCUCAGCCUUCGGGAAUCGCUUCUAUGGACGGUCCAGCGUGUGUCUUGCACUACCGCUAACCGCCGAAAGGCCUCCAGGUUGGGGAUACUCGGUGGCGCUCUUCAUAGGCUUCAACUUCAUGUCGUUCUUCAUCAUCUUCUGUUGCUAUACGGUGAUGUUUGUGGCGAUACGUAGAGCCUCGAAGCAGUGUACGAGACAGAGAGAACGCGCAGAGGAAAUCAAAAUGGCGACCAAGAUGGCGGUGAUCGUAGGGACUGAUUUCUGUUGUUGGAUGCCUAUCAUCAUCAUGGCCUUGCUCUCGUUAAGCGGUGCUGUAGAUAUACCUCAGGAAAUGUACGCGUGGGUGGCGGUGUUUAUCUUGCCCGUGAAUUCAGCAGCAAACCCUUACCUCUACACCAUCUCAACCCUGGAACGUAACCGGGAGAAGAGUAAGGGAAAUCCCCCUACGCACAGCACGUGGAAGAGCGAGUGCACGCGAGAGCUGAGUGUGGGAGAUCUUGAGAUGGUUCGCUUUGUUCGGCGGGACAGCGGGGCUCCUAAAGCUGCAGGCAGCGAUCUCGCUAGUCCAUUCGUCAGGUCGAUAAACCUCGACUUGUCGGAAAAUCGUGUCAUGCCUGUAGUCAGCAGUCGAUGUCGGACCUUCACAUUAGCGCACUAUCUCGCUACACCCAGUCUUUAUCUAUCCGAAGUCGAUGUGAUGGUGAUCGAACGCGACAUCGGGCGGGCUCUCGAGUUCCUUCAUCGGAAUGGAUACGUACACGGUCGGGUUACGGAGGAUUACAUUCUGGUUGAUAAGGACAUUCGAAACAACAGGACAGGUGCCUUUCUCAUCAUGCGAGGGGAGGAGUUGGAACCCGUUGAAAAUGGCUUCCUCGAUUCCGAGAAUGAGGAUGGGUUGGACAACCUGAGCAAGGCAGCCAGGGUAGAAGGAGAUGAUGACGAUGAUGAAGACGAUGAUGAUGAGGAAGAGGAAUGUCUACCACUUUUACAAAGAGACUAUCAGCAGUUAAGAACUUUGAUUCUGCGACUCAAAUCAGCUAUCUAUCCGUGACGGUGACGGUAACAUUAACCGUGGCAAAUGAAGAUUAUGAUAUCAUGCCUUCGUGCUAAUGACUGAAUUUCUGAAGGGAGAUCAAAAACAUGUUUCAGCUUUGCAAAUCACCUGAUUGAUAGUCUUUUCCUGAUGGACGUGACGCAUAAUUGUGACAACUGUUAAACAGAUCAUACUGACAUGCAUUGUAUAGGCAAAUAAAUCUUUCUUGGUGAAUAAAAUAUUAAAGUAAGGCGAUCGUAUUUAACUCUUGUUCUCUUCAUUGGAAUGAAUGUCAGGUGACGUGGAUCUAUUACGCAAAAGGAGAAAAGACAUGGUGUUAUUGUGCCUAAACGACGUGUUGCUAAAGAAACAAGGAACUUGGAAAUGUUAUUUCCUCCUAGUGAUCUUUCAAUGUCAAUUUCAACUUUAGUUAGAGAGGAGGAAACCAGGCAUUCCAACAGAAACAUGUACUUGACAGGAACGUGAUAUGGAGCUCAUUACGGACCGAUAAUAAUUAAUAACAGCAAACUCAUGUGGUCAGGGUUUUAAUUAUUUGUUCUUUCUUUAUUAAAUGACAUCAUGUUUAAAGUCAAUGAACUGAAUAGAAUGAAAGCAAGAAUAAGAGGUUUGGAACUCCUAUCCCGGCCCUGCCGCUCGCUCGCUCGCAGUGGUAUUGCAAGAUACCAUUUAUUGUUUUGUCGUGUGAAAGGUAUCGUUUCUUAAUUUAUGUAUUUUUAUUCAUACUAUCAAGUAAAUAGUUAAAUUUCCUUUCAACUCAUGCAUCUCAAAGAAAACAUCAUCAUCACCAGUAUCACCUUUCUAACAAGAUUGGGAGGGGUUUGAAGUAACAAAAACUAUGUUUCUAUUUUAUCAAAGGAUCCUGUUUUCCUCCAUGCCCUACCUCCACUAGUGACGCUCAGUAAGCCUACCAACUUUGCCCUGAGGAAAGAAAGCCAGUUGAUACAAGCUAGAUGUUAUAAUCAUUAUUAUCCAAAUAAGGAAAUAACUGUACAACACAUCAAUGCAAGUAGAUAGUAUCAAAUAUAAUGUACACCGUAGGAUUGUGAAACCAUUGUACAUCUAUGGAGGGCAUCCCGAUUGGUUCUCAUAUAUGCCACCCCCUUGCCAUUGUGUUUGUGAUACUUUGUUUACACUCUCCUUUCAAUGCCCAAAUAAGGUAGAGAAAAUGAAAGUUAUUGUUUAUGAUUGCAGUACUCAUAAUUUGUACAUACACGUUUCAUGAAAUGUUAUACUAAUGUUUGUUCAAUUCAUACGUGACCAAUUAAGGCUUAUUCCAUGCCAUUUGCGAAUGGGAUCAGGAACUCUUAUGAGGCUUAUAUAGAAAUUAUUUCUUUCCACGGACCGAGUUAGAGUGGAACAAAACGGUGCGUUUGGAAUAGGGGAGGGGGCUGUCGCCAAAAUUUGCUGGCAGCUAUCAUGUUCUUUUUCUAAUAUUCUCCACAGAAAAGGAUUGUUAUGAAAUUAUUAAUGCCAAUAAGAUUGUUUGCAAAAAAGUUGGUACUCAAAUUUAAACUACUCAAACUUAAACGCUCCUGAAUUUGCAAAACCUGUUGUAGAUUUCAUUGUUGUUGUCUAAUAAUUAAUUACCGUUUACUAUCUCGAAUGUGAUUCACAAAUGUGAUGUCUUGUAGCGCUCUUCAUAAUACCACCAAGUACGUGCAAAUGUACUAUCAACUUCAUGUGCAAUACAAUUAACAUUUUUAUUUCAAGUUUUCUCAAAAGUGUAUUUGAGUUAAGAAGGUAAACAUUCCUUUUAUGUUUUGUGUACAGAGGGCAAUAUAUUUUCAAAUGAAAUUCUUUUGAGGUGCAAUUAGAUGUAUUUAUGUUUUUUCUCCACCCGUGUAUACCCUUGCUUGAUAUUUUGUAUAACCCAUCGUUUAUGUUUUAGUUGUUUGUGUUUAUUUUGUUGUUGUAGCGAAUAACAAGUCUCAUACUAGCUUGAGUUAUACAUGUAACUAUGUACCAGGGGUACAAUUUAUUACAUUGGAGUACAGUACUUGUCCAAUGUACUGCAGCUAGGAGAAGAAAAGUUAUAUGCCAGAGUUAAGGAUAUAGACAAAUAUAGCAUAUUUUCGACUUGAGGAAAAGGGCCUUUUAAAACAUUUAUAAAAGCUUGAGAAUAUAUACGAUGUGUAUGUGUAUACCCUGAUUUGCAUGUAUUAGACUCGAAGCUCCCAGUAAAAUAUUUCGGUGAAUGUAAAUGGCGGGAGGCAUAACACGCUAAAAGCAAUCCUUUAUUUCCCUCAUUACAAACAGAAGGAAACAAAUGUGCCAAAAUAUAUAUUUUUCAUGUAUGCAAUAUUUGCUAUGCCUUCAACCUUGCUGCAUAACCGAUCAAAUAAGUCUGAACAUUACUCAGCCAAAAUUGUGUUUUAUUUUGUUAAAAGAUUGUUACGGACCAUAAGUCAGAAGGCUGUACAGUUUGAUUUGCUCAUUUCAUGACUUGUAUACCCAUUACCUACUCAACGAUGGGGAAUGUGACAAUUCAGUUGACAAUGUGAUUAUUGUUUCUAUUUUGUUUUGUUAAUUUGUUAUUUUUUGCUCCAUUGAUGUAAAAUGACCAUUCCUAUUUGAUGUCAAUGUGUAUACAUGUAGUUUUGCAUACCCAUGAAAUUAUCUGUUUGGAUCCAGAAGGGCGUUCACUCAUGCUUUAUUACAGAGUGAACGCCCUUCUGGCUAUAAACAGAUGAAAUAUAUAUUUCUGCUUAAGAUGAAGAAAGGUGUAUAUCAUCUGUUCGGAUCCAGAGGGACGUUAACUCUGUGU